AUGCCAGUAAAGUACAAGAAGGCGACGGCGCCGUUAGAUGAGACGGCAAGGGAGAGGCUGUGGGCGACGGUGCCGUUAGAUCAGACGGCGACGGAGACCUCGACGGAGUUAGCGGAGCUAGUGGACUCGUUCUAUGAAGGGAGAGGGGAUGAGGGAGAUAACUGGGUUAUCGGGUUCCGGUCGGCAGCGAGAGACUGUAGGGAGAUGCUGGAUGCCGUGAUGUCGGAUUCGGGUGAAGAUUUGAUGGGUGAGAGGAUUAGGGUUGCGGUGGAGGAUGCAGUGAAAGCUAUCGGGUCGGGUACGGAUGAGGUUAAGAGGAGGGUUAUGGGUUGGUUAAGAGAGAGAGGUUAUGAUGCAGGUCUCUGCAAAUCUCAACGGGACCAGACAACUCGAACUAAUAAUCACGACUACAUCGACAUAUUAACUCACAACGGAGCCCGCUACAUUAUUGAAAUCAACCUAUCAUCUGAGUUCGAGAUUGCUCGUCCAACUCAAAAAUACUCCACCCUCCUCAAAUCCAUACCCAAAGUGUUCGUCGCAAAGCCUGAAGUCCUAAAGAAGGUAAUCGACAUAAUGUGCGUUGUAGCAAAAGAGUCAAUAAAGAGUGCAGGCAUGCACAUCCCCCCUUGGAGAACUAAGGGGUAUAUGUAUGAGAAAUGGUUUGGGAUGUAUGAACGCGAUAUCACGAAGAAGAUGGAGGGUACUCGAGAUGAGAGCUGGUCUGCAGGGUUCUUUAUAAAUGGUGGGAGAUUUUGUAGGAUGGAGAUUGAUGGGUGGAGAGGGAGAGGGAGAAGAGAUGGGAAAUUGGCUGUUGCAUUUAGAGGCGUGUAG